AUGACACAAAUAUCGAAGGAGUGUCAUGACACUAUGGACCUUUCAAACUUUUUGAAUCCAGCAGAGGAGGGAAUACAAGAGGUGGAGAGAGGCUUAGAUGAGGACACAAUUCUACAGGAGGCGAUGGCUCCAUAUAUACAGGUUUCUGAUGCUCAAGGAGCCCCAGCGUCCUGUGCUCAUGCUAUACAAGCCCUCCAAGUUCUGAUUGAGUUCCCAGAAUCUGAGAAUAGUGGCAUCACGGAUCCAGCAUCAUUUUUGCGCUCUUUAGAGCAAGUGGAGAGGCAAUUAACAGGCCAAUGA